AUGGCGUCGUUUUGCCAGGCUAGAGCUGAGCUGGCUCAUUUUCAAUUUAUACCCACAUUGGUCCCUCGCAGUUGGUGUUAUUAUACAAAGCUCCACUCCUGCAUGCUUCGCUCUCCCUCUUCUUCGCGUUCUUCAUCGCAUUCUUCAGGCUCCCAAUUCUCUUCCUCUACGCUCUCCAAACCUACAUCCAUCCCGAUGUCCAACCCUCCACCUCCAACGACCUUCGUGCUGCCAUUCGCCGCCGUAGCGCCCCCAAAGUUCCUUGGCCCACUUGUGUUGGUACUUCUCAAAUGGUACCUUCCAGAGACCUUGGUCAACACACUACUCAAUAUGUACGUCAAAUUCCACCUCUUGGAAGAGGCACACAAGUUGUUCGACGAAAUGUUCGAACGAAAUGUUGUUUCAUGGACGACUUUGAUAUCUGCUUAUUCUCAGGCUAAGCUGAAUGAUACGGCUGUAAGACUCUUGAUUGGUAUGCUUAGAGAAGGUGUCAUGCCUAACAUGUUCACUUUUUCUUCUGUUUUGAGGUCUUGUGAGAGGCUCUCUGAUCUCAAACAACUUCAUUCUUUCAUACUGAAGGUGGGGUUGGAGUCUGAUGACUUUGUAAGGAGUGCCCUUAUUGAUGUUUACUCAAAACUGGAAGAGCUGUUUGAAGCUGAGACUGUUUUUCGUGAAAUGUUGACUGGAGACCCUGUUGUUUGGAGCUCCAUCAUCACUGCUUUCGCUCAACACAGCAAUGGGGAUGAGGCCUUGAACCUUUACAAGAGGAUGAGGAGAGCUGGCUUUCUGGCCACACAACCGACUCUCACGAGUGUUCUGAGAGCGUGUACUAGUUUGUCAUUGUUGGAGUUAGGGAUGCAGGCACAUGUCCAUGUGCUAAAGUAUAAUCAAGAUCUUAUCCUUAACAAUGCAUUGUUAGAUAUGUAUUACAAGUGUGGUAGUGUGGAAGAUGCAAAGCUCAUUUUCAAUAGGAUGGCUGAGAAGGAUGUUAUCUCUUGUUGCUAUCUCUUAAAAAGCCUAACAUGUUGUAUAGGCUUGAAACCAUUGAUUAGAUUGGGUGCCAAUAUGCCUACAAGAGCAAAGCGCAUGGCCCGGUGGAGUGAUUUCGAUCAAUACACAACCGUCGGAAUCAGCCAUUUGACCCCUUAUCACAAUGGAGAGACUAACGAUGUUGUUCUAUAUUUUGGGAUUAUUGAUAGCUUGCAAAACUAUGAUAUCGGCAAGAAGCUGGAGCAUGCGAUGAAGAGAGCGAUGAACAAGAAGAAGACAUAA